AUGAGCUCGACAGUGUUCGGCCAGGUGGAUCCGGCCAUCGUGCAGGCCUACGCCAGCUGUGUCGCCAUCCUGGGGCUUAAGAUGCUCACCAUGUCCAUCCUGACCGGGCUGCAGCGUGGCAAAAAGAAGGUGUUCUCGAACCCCGAAGACGUUAGGGAGGGCGGCAAGGUUGCGUACAACGAUCCGGAUGUGGAGCGUGUCCGACGGGCGCACCGGAACGACAUGGAAAACAUUCUGCCCUUCUUUGCCGUCGGUUUCCUGUACAUGUUCACCGGUCCGAGCGUCACGGUGGCCGUCAAUCUGUUCCGUCUGGUGACGGCCGCUCGCGUCGGUCACACCAUCUGCCACGCCCUCGUGCCCAUCGGCAAGGUCCGUGGGCUCUGCUUUGGCAUCGGGCUGUUCACCACCGUCUACAUGGGCGUUCAAGUUUUGUGCAACUUCCGUGUGGUGUAG